GCUACUGACUGGGACGGGAGAUACCAUUAUCAGAAUGCUGAAAACCACUACGGCCAAUUUAAUAAUGUGGUGGUGGUGGGCAAUUAAAACAAUACUUGUAUGUAAUAAAAUACAAUGUCCGCCUGAUACUUGCCUUAUUCACCCGAAAGCAUUUAAAUUCAAAAUAGUCUUUCGCUUGUUGGCCCCAUUAGCCGCGAGCUAGCACCGUUACCUUACACACUGACCGCAGUAGCCUACCUAGCGUCAUCGGGACGCAUUGUUGUCUGGGUUGUAAAAAUAAUCGCGGCCAGUAAAAAAGAAACUAUGCAUACCAUGUAAACAAUAUCAACACAUAUGUAACACAAGCACGUUUUUAAACAUUUUAUUUGAACUUUCCAUGAACUUUAUAUGAACUCAACUUUCCCCCGGUGGCUCCCCACUCCCCGCCAUCUUCCAAGAAGACAGUUGAAGUUGUUGACGUUAUUAAUAUUUCCGUGAACUUGAACUUGGGUGGGUGUGCGUGGGGGUGGUGGUGGUGUUGUGUGUGUGCAUUUUGUAUGUAAAUUGUAUGCUUCUGUACACAAUUUUUGUACUGAAAACAACUUUAAUCUCAAAUAAAAUGAAUAUAUGAAAAAGCAAGAGUUUCAAUUACUAUAUUUAGAAGGAACAUACACACACACACACACCACCCCCCCCCCAACACACACACACUUUGGUUUGUCUGAUGUUGACCUAGCUGGGGGCAGACAUUUUGACCUUUUAUUAUUUGAUGACCACACUGACAAGAAUUCUCGAGAGACAAAGAAAAUGAGUAUCAGAAAAAAAAGUGCGAUUUGGAAUUUUUUCCAACAAUGUGGUGACACCACACUGGCCACCUGCACCACCUGCAAGGUCCCCAUUUCUUUUAAAGGAGGAUCUACUGCCAACUUACACCGGCACCUGAAGAAUAAACACCCUACUCUCAGGCUUGCAGAGGUGAGGAGGGUACAGGAGCAGCCAACCUUACACCAGGCACAACCUGAAGAAGAGGCACGCGCAGGAGAGCGGAGGCAAAGGUCAGUGGCGCCCCCUGAGCAAGUGCCCAUGACUAAUUUCCUGCAUCGCCCUAUGAAUGCCGUGUGGCAAAAAAAUUUGGAUGAGAAGUUGGUGAAAAUGAUUGCCUCAGAUCUUCAGCCAUUCUCCAUAGUUGAGGACAAGGGUUUCAGGGAAUUCACGAAGGCACUCAACCCAUCCUACACGCUGCCUGGUAGGAAGGCGCUCUCCCAGUCCCUGAUCCCUGAAAGGUUUGUGAAGUGCCAGGCGAUGGUGAAAGAGAGGGUGGCAGAGGCUCCAGCAGUUUGCCUCACCACAGACUGCUGGACAUCACGAACAACCAGCAGCUAUCUCGCAGUUACCUGCCACUUUGUUGAUGAUGACUUUCAGAUGAAGAGCUACCUGUUGGACUGUUUCGAGUUCACCGAGCGGCACACUGCAGACAACCUCGCCCAUCAACUGACUGCCAUUGCCGAGGAGUGGGGCGUGGCAGAGAAGGUUGUAGCGUGUGUCACUGACAACGCUUCCAACAUUAAAUUGGCUGUGCGCAAGACCAACUGGAAGCACUUAUCGUGCUUUGCGCAUACUCUGAACCUCAUAGUCCGUGGGUCACUCACUGUAUUGGAUCAGACUGUUGAGAGCGUGAAGACAAUUGUGGCCCACUUUCACAAGUCCACUGUCGCUGCGGAGAAGCUGCGCACAGCUCAGCGCCAAAUGGGGUUGGCAGAGCUGAAGCUGAUAAUGGACUGCCCCACAAGAUGGAAUGCGACACUGCAGAUGUUGCGGAGGUUUUCUGAGAUGAGGGAGGCAAUCGUCACCACCAUGGCCCUUGUGUGCCCACAUCUGCCCACCCUUUCCCCCAAUGAGUGGGCAGGGAUUACUGAGGCCUGCCAGGUGCUGCAGCCGUUUGAGGAGGUUACAAUUGAGAUCAGCGGAGAAAGGUAUGUGACCGCCUCAAAAAUCAUCCUCCUGGCGAGGGGCCUUCAGAGGAUGACGGCCAAUCAUCUGAGGUCAAACCACUUCAAGGAAAACAUGACCUUGGACCUCCUGAGGGCCCUCACGGACCAGAUGGCCAACAGGUUCCUCAGGAUGGAAUACCACACCCUUCUAUCAGAGUCAUCCAUCCUGGACCCACGGUUCAAAAAGAAGGCCUUUUCCGACGGCCAGGCUGCCAUUGAGGCAGUACAGAGGCUUACCCAAGCAGCUGCACAGGUGCCCAUCCCUGGACCCCAGGUUGGAGGUGCGGGAGAAGGUUCUGCUUCUGCUGACAUGUCAUCAGCCUCAGCGGAGGAGAGCCUGAUUUGGAGGGAUUUCGAUGAGCAGGUGUCGGGCCUCGUCUCUCAGGGAAACAGCACCGCUGAGGCCACGCUGGAGUUAAGGUCCUACACUCAGGAAGCCCUCCUGCCUAGGUCCCAGAAUCCGCUCACCUGGUGGAAGACUCGGCAGGCGAUCUACCCCCGGCUGGCCGUUUUGAUGAGGCAGAGGCUCUGCAUAACUGGCACAUCGGUUCCGUCAGAGCGGGUGUUCAGCAAGAUGGGAUCCAUCAUCUCCGACCGUCGGAGCAGAUUGAAACCCGCAAAAGCCCGGCAGCUGGUCUUCCUCAAUGCCAACUGGCAGGAAUGAACAC